AUGCACACCUCCUCCGAUAUCGAAGCCUUAUGGAAGCCCUCGGGAGCACUCCCACGCAGUAAACGGAAGGCUGGCAAUGACGUGACCACCAUCGCAAAACCUUUCGGACACCAGACUAGACCUUCAGGACAUCACCUGAUACCUGUACGGUUCGUCCCUCUUCUUGUCCCAUUGAUGCCACGCAAACACCCUGCCAUUCGACACCUUGUGGCGCUAGCCCGUCCUAAUGACCGUCAUGUUCGACUUUUGACAAACCGCAUCCUGAUGAAGCAGGCCGUUGUUGUCUUCACCUUUUACCUACCUUGGCCCAUUGCCUUGGAGCCAGAGCCCUGGCUGAACAGAAGCUGUCGCCUUGUCAUUGUCGAGUCCUCUGUUGCCUAUGCAGAGGUGGGCGGACACUUGCCCCAGAUUCGGCCAAAGAUGCAUCUACCGUAUGGUUUAUGGCCCAAGCAAGCUGCUUAUAAGGCCAUAAAAAAGGCUGAGUGCCGCUCUUUGCGCGCACACGCAGAUAGUAGGCGUGUAGCAGCCGAGGGCAUUGGCUCGAACAAAAAGACCAUCCACAAACUGGAUUUACCAGGCACAAGGCUGAAUCCAUUUGGCCGUGAAUCCAUAUUGGAUUCUUCAGCCCUCGACUGUUCAUUGCCUGUGCUAUUCAGAAAAAGUAUAUCUGCCCUGCCCGAGCCUGACCUCUGUACACAAGACGUCACCAGCAUCUCUCGACUCGUCUGGAGGUCUGACGAAGCUACUGUCCAAGAAUAUCACGCCGAUCCACGACAUCGACGGCGUGAGAUUUCUUGGCUACGACUAGCCGCCUUACCCAUCAUGGGGCAACAAUGGGGUAACUCGGGACGGGAUCCUGGAAAUAGCCCCCUGUCGUGUAUGGGUCGUGCCCCUUCUCAAAAGUUUGGACAUCAAAGAAAGAACAAAAGGGGCCGCACUGUAUACUUUGGCCUUUCUUCUUCCCUUUUGCAUGAAUCAGAAGGCUUCGUUCCUCACCACUCCACGACCUCUGGCCCUCAGCUUGCCAUGUCUCCAUGUCCGUCGUUCGGCCUGGGUGGCGAUGGGUCUUGGCUCCAGUCUUGA